AUGGCCCGGUCAACAAGCCAAGCGUACAAGCACUUCCAGCGUGCCUUGUCGCUAUGGCCCAAGGAUAACCUCCGCCCCGAAGUCCAAUUCCCCGAGUAUGCCGCUCGCGGCCUCGAGAAACGCUUCGCGAACCCCGCCGUCGACGAGCUGAAGGAGCUCAAGCAAGCGAACGCCCUCUAUUCCCUGGCCGACGACAGGUUCAAGAAGCAGUUCCCCUUGAACGGCGAACUGCUGGAGCCCCGAAGCCAACCGACCUACUUCAACGACCUGCUGAGAGAGCUAGAGGAGGCCCCCACGAGAGGCUGGCUCCAGAACAUGUCAAAGAAGUUGAGCGGCAUGUUCAGGUUUCAAUGA